CACCAGCCACAUCAAGAUUCACCCUUCGCACAAAUACUCCAUAACUACCUAGAGAUUUAUCACAGAUAUACCACGAGCCUUGCCCAGAUCCGUCUUCUACAACAUGGGCGUAGUCUUCGAUUCUGCCGUUGAUCGGCCAGAGCACAUCGAGAAUAUUCUGAACGGACUCGACCGGUACAAUCCAGAGACGACCGAAAUAUUUUCCAAAUAUGUUAUGGAUCAAUGCGAAAAUCAGACAUACGACUGCUACGCGAAUCUGGCACUGUUGAAACUUUAUCAAUUCAACCCGCAUCUCACUCGCGAAGAGACAAUAACCAACAUCCUCGUCAAGGCUCUCACGGUCUUCCCCUCGCCAGAUUUCAGCCUCUGUCUAUCGCUCCUACCGCCCCACACACUCAGCCCGACAGCGAAGACUUCACAUUCAACCCCAGCUGCUGGCGAUGCACCGCUGUCCGAAAUGGUGCAGAAGCUGAACGUACUUAACAACUACCUUUCGUCAGCUGAUUACUCAAACUUCUGGUCAACACUUGACAGCGACGACCUCUACGCUGACUUGGUUGCUGAUGUCGUUGGCUUUGAGGAGCUCAUGAGGAUACAGAUUGCCGUCGAGGUUGGUAAAUGUGUGCGUGAGAUUCAGAGAAAUGUGCUCGAAGAUUGGUUGAAUCUCAAAGGCAGUGAAUUUGAUAAUUUUAUGAGCAAAGUUUGCGGGUGGGAGGUGAAUGGUGCUACUGUCAAGGUGCCACUCAACAAGGAAAAUGAGGCUAAAGGUACUGUCGUGAGGGAGAACGUGAAGUUCGAUCAGUUCUCAAGACUAAUUAGGAGGGCCUAUGAACAACCCGCAUAAAAAUUGAAUUAGAAACGAUAAAAUGCGUUCAUGAUAUUCAUGAGAACGAAACUCGCGGCGUCAAUUAUGUCCGCAUGUUAGGAGCUUAAGGCGGCUAUUGUGGUCAACUAGGAGACAAGCUUUAGCAACUGAUGCCAAGGUAAUGAUACCUCUGACCGUCCAGAUGAACGGCCUCCAGAUAGCUUCUAGAUUUCGAGUUAUGUGCAGCAACACAUGCACAUGAUGAUGAAUAAUUUUGUGUUAAUAUCUUUUCCUUGA